AUGACGAAAAAGAUGGCGAAGCGGAAAUUUGUAUCAUCCAAGAAAAAUGCACCCAGUCGCGCUAUAUCUAGUAAAGAGGCGGCCCUGCAUCGUCGGUCUAUUGGCGGAGAUGGCGCUGCAUCCAGUUCAGGAGACUCUGCAGCCUCUUCUGAUGUAGGAUCAUCCACGCUGCUGUCAUCCGAGGAUGAUCAGGAAGAUGAUGAUGUAGAUUCAAGCGCUAAUCAGGAUGUCACAGUGGAAGUUAUGCCAGCCAGUGUAGGCCGCGGCAAGCAGCUCAGAUUUCCGGCAGCAAUAUCGCGUGGAAAAGUGUUGUCAGCUGAGACCGGCGCUACAUCCGAUGCUGACGAUUCAGAUGACGAAAGCUUGUUGUCCGUUGCGGAAAGUGACGCUGAAGAUCAAAAUCAUAGUGCGGCUGCAACGGAAGUUGUCGAGCAUUCUGUUGUUGCAACGCCUCCUGUUCAAAUUGAAGCCUUUUCAGCACCACUUGAUCGCACUAGUAGUAAGGAGACAAUAACCUACCCAAUUAAAGCAUCUCGCGCGCGAAAACGACAUCGUCCAGACUCAGAGUAUUACAAGCAAAUGUCUACGUAUGUCAGAGACUGUUUGCUCAGCGUACGACACACAGGAAAUAGUAAUUUGCCACCAAGUGCUUUGCAAAGUGAAUGUUUGCUGCAGCAUGAAGAGUUUCGGCGAAGACUUGCCACUGGCGAUAUUCAGCGUGUGACAUGGAAAGAACCUCCUUCUGUGGAGCCAAAAAGUCAUGAAAUUAGAAACGAGACUACUGAAAAUUCUUCUUGCGAAUCAAUAAAAUGCAGCAAGUCUAGUAGUCUCAGCAAGUCUAGCAAGCAAAGUAAGUCAAGCAAUAUUAGUAGAAGCAGCAACAAGAACAGCAGCACGAAGAAGACGUCGAUUUCAGACGAGGUCUCCACAACAAAUCAGUCGACCACUUUGUUGUCAAAUGGAUCUGCUAACAACUCACAAUCUCCACAGCAGCCUGCAGCUCUAGUUGGACCAAGCCCUCCGAUAACAUGUGAAGUGUGCAAAAGAAAACUAAGUGAAAUAGCUUCAAAGGAAGAGGAAGAGUUGAAAGAAAAGGAGGCCAAGACAAACAAUGCUGAAAAUGUGAAGCAGCGAUCCGAUAUGGUGAUAAAGGAAUCUGCUCAAACUAUUGCAUCAGUGAUAUCUGCUGGCUACUUUACGAUUACAUUUACACCUGGUAGUGAUGUUCAGAAGUUGCGCCUUGAAUCUGCAAAACUAAUGGAAGAGGCACGACGACUAAAGCAUGAAGGAAACCGUCGUGGUAUGAGUGAACGUGGUACUGCUGGUCAGCUCACGCAAGCCAAAUAUUAUUUACGAUCAGGUGGCAAGUUUUUUGAGUAUGCACUUAAGCUUCAAGAAGUUAAAGUCGCUUACCAGGAAAAGAAUGAUACUCAGCACGCGCGCUCAUUCGGUGAAAAUUGCGUAACAACGCUCUCACAAACAACGUCACUAAUUGAGAGCACCAUUCGCGCAUUUCAAAGCGCUGGUAGCAUGCGACUUGCUGCUCUAGGGUGCAAGAUGGCGUCUGUUGUCCACCUAACCGUCUACCGGCUGCAACACCGCAAACUGCAAUCAUUUUAUUCAGAGCUUUUCACACCUGGACGCUCACCUGAGUCUCGAGAGAAUGGCCUUACUCCGCCAAUCGAUCCAAAUAGUAAUGUGAACAGCAAUAGCAGCAAAGAUGCCGCCAUACGUAAACAUUUGCUGAAAGAAAUGGAGCAUACGCUUCGCGGUUUUGAAAUGUGGCGGCGGUACGAGGCUUGCAAGGUAAAUGUGUUGCCACGGGUGGGUAACCCCAUGAUUUUAGAUCUAGCUAUUUUCCUUGAGGAUCUCGAAGCAGAACUUAACCAGUCUUAG